GGGCCCUGGCAACACUGCUGUUAUGUGACAAGUGACAACUGACUUGUUAAUAUAGGAUUUUAUGGCAAAAGCUGCAUUUCCGAAUUCUGAUAUUAUAUCGUGUUUGUAAAUAAAUAUUGUUGUGAUUGUAAGUUAUUAAUUCUUACCCGGUAAAAUAUUCAAUAAGGAAAAUAUAAAAAGGGCUUUACAAUGAUAACAAAUUUUGAUAAACUUUGUGGAGAUCUAGAAAAACAGGAGUUAGAGGCGCCGAAUGGUAUAGCAUCACCGUCGACAUACGCUCACUUCGCCAUAUAUUUAUACCAAAAUGAUUUAUGUAAUGCGAAAUUCCUAUGGAAAAGGAUACCACAAAACAUAACCAGUAGCAAUCCUGAAAUAACAGCAAUUUGGAGUGUCGGUCAAAAGUUAUGGAAGAAAGAUCUGCCCGGAACUUACCAAACACUGGCUGCUUACAUGACUGAACCAGUUGCAAAUAUCAUCAGGGCAUUAGAAGUUAUAAGAUAA